AUGGCCAUGGGCACCACCAUGUCCGCCAUGGCACAGAACAUGUCGUACGGAGCCGACAACUUCUAUCGCAGUCCCGCCGUGGAAGUGCACCCCAUCACCUUCCAGAACCAAUACCGCCACAGCAUUGCCGGCAACCUCUUCAUCCACGGCAAACUCAACCGCAGCGCCAACGCAACCGCGCCGGCCGUCGUCGUCGGCCACCCAAUGGGCGCAGUCAAGGAGCAGAGCGCGAACCUCUACGCCACCAAGCUCGCCGAGCACGGCUUCAUCACCGUGUCGCUCGACCUCCCAUUCUGGGGCAGCAGCCACGGGGAACCCCGCAACGCCGUGUCACCAGACCUCUACGCCGAGGCAUUCAGCGCGGCCGUCGACUAUCUCGGCAAGCACAAGUCCGUCGACCGCCAGCGCAUCGGCGCACUGGGCAUCUGCGGCAGCGGCUCCUUCGUCAUCAGCGCGGCCAAGAUCGACCACCGCAUCAAGGCCGUCGCCACCUCGAGCAUGUACGACAUGGGCGCCGCGAACCGCAACGGCCUACGCAAAUCGCAGACCGUCGAGCAGCGCGGGGAAGUCGUCGCCACGGCAUCGAGGCAGCGGUGGGCCGAAGUGGACGGCGCCGAGCUCCAGUACACGAGCGGCACGCCGGACCGCCUCGCGCCGGAUUCGACUCCGGUCGAGCGCGAGUUCUACGACUUUUACCGCACCACCCGUGGCGAGUUUAUACCCCGGGGGUCGGCGCGGAAUCUCACGACGCACCCUACGCUUUCGAGUAACGUCAAGUUUCUCAACUUUUACCCCUUUGCCGACAUGCACACCAUCUCGCCGCGUCCGUUGCUCUUCGUAUCGGGGGAUCAGGCGCACUCGCGCGAGUUUAGCGAGGAGGCUUACGCUCGUGCGGCGGAGCCAAAGGAGCUGUAUUGGGUGCCGCGCGCUGGGCACGUUGACCUGUACGAUCGUGUAGAGCUUAUCCCGUUCGAGAAGCUGGCCGACUUCUUUAAGAACAGCCUCGGCGGGACUAAUUUCACGGCGGUGUAG